GAGGCAAAGGGAACGGGAAAAACCGAAGAGAAAGCUGUUGAUCAUCUCUGCUUUACGUAAGAGAAGUGAGGUCCAAUCAUGCUGUGUGUCCUUAACCAUAUUAAUUGUGCUGAUUUUUGAAUAAUUUUUCAGAGGACUAGACGCAAACCAAGAACAACCUUCACGUUAAAUAUUAUUGUACAGGGAGCUAUCUUAAAUAAAUUUAAAAUGCAUUCUGAAGAUGAAAAGAAGCAGAAGCGUACUGCAGAUGGAAAUAGUCAUGAGAUCACUGCAUCCAGCCAGGGUCAUGAAUAUGAAGACAAACACACGGAAAAGAAGAAGAAGAAGAAAGCAGAAAAGGCUAAGAUGGUCAGCCCAUUUACACUGUUUCGAUACUCCAAUUGGUCAGAUAAAUUACUAAUGAUACUAGGCACUCUCCUGGCAAUAGCCCAUGGAAGCAGUCUCCCUAUUGCGAUGGUAAUUUUUGGUGAUAUGACUGAUAGCUUUGUUGCUUCUGGAGACUCAAAUUUUACAGGAGACACUUCUGCAGUGAAUGUCUCUUCAGAUAUUCUUGGCAAGCUGGAAGAAGAUAUGACAAGAUAUGCAUACUACUAUUCUGCAAUAGCAGCUGGUGUUCUUCUUGCUGCAUAUAUACAAACUUCAUUUUGGACCCUAGCAGCAGGCCGGCAAAUAAAAAAAAUUAGAGAAAAUUUUUUUCAUGCAAUUAUGAGACAGGAAAUUGGAUGGUUUGAUGUUAAUGAUGUGGGAGAACUUAACACUCGUCUUCUAGAUGAUGUCUCCAAGAUUAAUGAAGGAAUAGGUGACAAAAUUGGAUUGCUUGUUCAAGCAGUAACGACAUUUGUAACAGGAUUUAUUGUUGGUCUCAUAAGAGGAUGGAAAUUAACCCUUGUAAUACUAGCAGUCAGUCCUGUCCUGGGACUUUCAGCAGCCCUCUGGGCAAAGGUUCUCUCUGCUUUCACUGACAAAGAACAAGCUGCAUAUGCAAAAGCAGGUGCUGUUGCAGAGGAAGUUCUGGCAGCAGUCCGUACUGUAAUAGCUUUUGGAGGACAGGAAAAAGAAAUUAAAAGAUACCAUAAAAAUUUAGAAUAUGCUAAACGGAUUGGAAUAAAAAAGGCUAUUACAGCUAAUAUUUCUAUGGGUGCUGCUUUCUUACUGAUAUAUGCAUCAUAUGCACUGGCCUUCUGGUAUGGAACUACCUUGGUCUUAACUGAUGAUUACACUAUUGGCAAUGUCCUUACAGUCUUUUUCUCUGUAUUGAUUGGAGCUUUCAGUAUUGGACAAACUGCUCCAAGCAUAGAGGCAUUUGCUAGUGCAAGAGGAGCUGCCUAUGCAAUCUUUAAUAUCAUAGACAAUGAGCCUCAGAUUGACAGUUACUCAGAGACAGGUUACAAACCAGACUACAUUAAAGGGAACUUGGAAUUCCAAAAUGUUUACUUCAAUUAUCCAUCCAGACCAGAUGUUGAGAUACUGAAGGGCUUGAAUCUCAAGGUUAGCUAUGGCCAGACAGUGGCCCUGGUUGGUGGCAGUGGCUGUGGGAAAAGUACAACUGUUCAGCUCAUCCAGAGAUUUUACGAUCCCAAGGAAGGCACGGUUACCAUUGAUGGGCAGGAUAUUAAGACCUUAAACGUAAGAUACCUGCGGGAGAUUAUUGGUGUGGUGAAUCAGGAGCCCGUGCUCUUUGCUACUACCAUUGCAGAAAACAUUCGUUAUGGCCGUGAGGACGUCACCAUGGAAGAGAUUGAAAAAGCUACCAAGGAAGCGAAUGCUUAUGACUUCAUCAUGAAGCUACCCAACAAGUUUGAAACUGUCGUUGGAGAAAGAGGGGCACAGCUGAGCGGAGGCCAGAAGCAAAGAAUAGCAAUUGCCCGAGCUCUGGUUCGUAAUCCUAAAAUUCUUCUGCUUGAUGAGGCAACAUCAGCUUUGGAUACUGAGAGUGAAUCAGUUGUGCAGGCAGCACUGGACAAGGCAAGGGAAGGACGCACCACGGUUGUAGUAGCUCAUCGACUGUCAACAGUCCGAAAUGCAGAUCUUAUAGCUGUGUUCGAAGGUGGAGUUAUCGCAGAACAAGGGAAUCAUUUUAAAUUGCUUGAGAGAAAGGGAAUCUACUACAAACUCGUUAACAUGCAGGCAAUAGAAGCUGAAGUUCCAUCAUCAGAAAAAGAUGAGAAUGCACUUAGUGUCAAAAAAAGUGAAUCUGAACCAGAAUUUGAAGAAUCCUUAACAACAGGAUUGAGAAGACGAUCAACUCGGAGAAGCAUGAAAAAGCCAGGAGCACAAAAUGAUGAUCUUGAUGAGAAAACGAGUUCACCUGAUGAAGAAUUACCUCCAGCUUCAUUUCUGAAAAUUAUGAAGUUGAACAAAACUGAAUGGCCAUACUUUGUAGCUGGAAUUUUAUGUGCAAUUAUCAAUGGAGCUUUACAACCUGCAUUUGCAAUCAUAUUUUCAGAAAUUAUAGGGAUUUUUUCAGAAACUGACAAGACCAUUUUAAGAGAAAAGAGCAACUUAUAUUCAGUGCUGUUUUUAGUACUUGGGAUCAUUUCCUUUUUUACUUUCUUUUUUCAGGGUUUCACAUUUGGCAAAGCUGGAGAAAUUCUUACAAUGAGGCUUCGAUUCAUGGCGUUUAAAGCAAUGCUUAGACAGGACAUGGGCUGGUUUGAUAAUUCUAAAAAUAGCACUGGAGCAUUAACUACAAGACUUGCUAAUGAUGCCUCACAAGUGAAAGGAGCAACUGGUGUCAGACUGGCAUUAAUUGCCCAAAACAUAGCUAACCUGGGGACUGGAAUUAUUAUAUCAUUAAUUUAUGGCUGGCAGCUGACCCUGCUACUUUUAGCUGUUGUGCCAAUCAUUGCAGUGGCAGGAAUGAUUGAAAUGAAGAUGUUGGCUGGGCAUGCUAAAAAAGAUAAAGAAGAGCUGGAAGCUGCAGGAAAGAUUGCCACAGAAGCCAUAGAAAAUAUUAGAACUGUUGUUAGUUUGACCCGAGAAAGAACAUUUGAGUUGAUGUACGGAGAACAUUUGCAUGUACCAUACAGAAAUUCUGUGAAGAAGGCACAUAUAUUUGGAUUUUGUUUUGCCCUUUCACAAGCAAUGAUGUUCUUUACCUAUGCUGGCUGUUUCCGGUUUGGUGCCUAUCUAGUGGUAAAUGGAUACAUGGAGUAUAAAAAUGUGUUUUUAGUGUUUUCAGCUGUUGUAUUUGGUGCAAUGGCAUUAGGACAAAGCAGCUCUUUUGCUCCAGACUAUGCCAAAGCCAAGAUAUCAGCAGCCCACUUGUUCCUGCUGUUUGAAAGAGUACCCUCAAUAGAUAGUUACAGCGAGGAAGGAGAGAAGCCCGAAACAUUUGGGGGAAGCAUAACAAUCAAAGAUGUGGCAUUUAACUACCCAAACCGACCACAGGUCAAAAUCCUCCAAGGACUGAAUCUAAAAGUAGAAAAGGGACAAACUCUGGCUCUUGUUGGUAGCAGUGGCUGUGGAAAGAGCACUGUUGUUCAGCUGCUUGAGAGAUUUUAUGAUCCACUUGGUGGAGAAAUGCUUUUUGAUGGUAAAAAUGCAAAGACACUAAAUAUCCAGUGGCUGAGAGCUCAGAUUGGUAUCGUCUCACAAGAACCAAUCCUGUUUGACUGCACUAUUGCUGAAAACAUCGCAUAUGGAGAUAACAGUCGGCAGGUGUCACACGAGGAAAUUGUUAAUGCAGCAAAAGAAGCCAAUAUUCAUGCCUUCGUUGACUCUCUGCCAGAUAAAUACAAUACCCGCGUAGGAGACAAGGGAACUCAGCUUUCUGGUGGUCAGAAACAACGUAUUGCUAUUGCCCGAGCUCUUGUACGUCAGCCCCAAAUUCUGCUGCUGGAUGAAGCUACGUCUGCCUUAGAUACAGAAAGUGAAAAGACUGUCCAGGAAGCUCUGGAUAAAGCCAGAGAAGGUCGCACCUGCAUCGUGAUAGCUCACCGCCUCUCCACCAUCCAAAAUGCUGACAAGAUUGCUGUGAUCCAGAACGGCAAGGUGGUAGAACAAGGGACCCAUCAGCAGCUCCUGGCUGAAAAAGGCAUCUACUACUCUCUGGUCAAUGUUCAAAGUGGGUCAUGCAACAUGUAAAUUAAAGGCAGUACUUAUCUCUGAAUUGUCACUGUAAUUAUUUCAAUACUGCUAUUUUUGUCACUGUAAUUAUUUCAAUAUCAAUAGUCAGUCUUGAUACUUUUGGUUUUCCUCCUUCCUUUCAUAAGUCCUACAAAAUCAAGAAAUACUAAGUAAAUAUGUACCAGUUUCUCACUACUAGUUUUCAUUAUUCAAACCACUCUAUACUAUGUGGCCAAAGCAGAGGCCUAUUCCACUCAUGAAAGUAGAAGCAUGCUAAGCCAAAUGUAAUUUAUAUUAGCUUGCUUUGAACUCUGUCAAAAUCACACUAAUCAGGCAUGUCUGGUAAACAACCUAUAAACAUUUUCAUGCUCAGUAAAAAUAGUUUUGCUGUUGCCAGAAACAAACCUCAAGCCUUAUCCUCACUGUGUAAGGCACAGUCAGUCCUGGCCUAUUAGGCUUGUUAUCAACUUGUUAUGAGAACUUGCAGUUCAGCUGGAUCUUGAUGCCACAUGUCUCUUGUUAUGAUGUGGAGUUUUAGCCUGGGAUGAUAGCAAAGGUCUUGAAAAUAUGGGUGCAGGCUGAAAACAAAGGUCGCAGAACUGUAAGUACCUCACUGAUGGUCAGUUACUGAUCAUUGAAGAAGUGCAACCUUAAAAGCUGGGAAAAGAGUGCUUUAAGUAUAACACAAAAAAGAAGCAGCAGAUAAGAAAAAACCCACAACUGAUGGGCAAGGCAAGGCACCUGCUGCAGGCUGGGAAAGUAGUAUCUGCAAGUCUCCCAAAGUCCCAGGGGUCAGAGGUCAAGGGCUAAGAACUCUCUAAAGACUGCGAUAUUUUAUAAAAGGUGAAAAUCUUGAGUCUGGGCUUAGAGGAGGGGGAAGGCAGGCAUCCUUUUCAGUGUUAGCGUCCUUCAUUGAAGAACUCUUGAAGCUGAUCACCCUGAUGACUAAGACUGUCAAGGACUGUAACCAUCGGUGCUAAUUACGUGGCAUCAGCUCUGUGGUAUUGUAUAUUAGUUACUAAUUUAGGAUGACUGUUAAGGACUAACUGCUUUGAAUAUGUAGUAAUAGUGAUAAAUAAUUAUUGAGAACUAACCAUUAGCAAUGUAUAUUGUUAAUGAAUAUCUAUGCAGUAAAGUUUUGUUUUUAAGUUUAAAACUGGCCUGAUUAAUCAGUCUUCCACACUUCUGUCAUAGCA